CUGAGCCGGCUCAGGGCCUAGUUCUGAGCAAGGACCCCCUGGGGAAAGGGUCCAGCCGGGCCAGCCCUGCAGGGACCAUGGGCUCCAGAGCUGAAACAGAUCCCCCCACGGUGUUUGACUGGUUCUUCGAAGCAGCUUGUCCUGUCUCCCUGCAGGAUGAUCCCCCCAUCCUUCGGCAGUUUCCUCCAGACUUCAGGGACCAGGAUGCCAUGCGGAUAGUGCCCAAAUUCUGCUUCCCUUUCGAUGUGGAAAGGGAGCCCCCCAGCGCCGCGGUCCAGCACUUCACCUUUGCCCUCACCGACCUGGGGGGCAAUCGCAGAUUCGGGUUUUGCCGCCUGCGCGCUGGGGCCCGGAGCUGCCUCUGCAUUCUCAGCCACCUGCCAUGGUUUGAGGUGUUCUACAAGAUACUGAACACCGUGGGGGACCUGCUGGCCCAAGACCAAGUCCCUGAGGCAGAAGAACUUCUCCUAAACCUUCUGCAACGGCCUCCAUCUGGGCCCCGGGACUCUGUGGGACUGGAGCUGCUUUCCUGCUUUGUGGCUCCAGACUCCGACUGCCUGCCAUCUAUUCCUGAGAAUAGGAACUUAACAGAGCUGGUGGUGGCGAUGACGGAUGAGAACAUCCUGGGACUGUUCGCUGCGCUCCUGGCUGAGCGAAGAGUCCUGCUCACGGCCAGCAAGCUCAGCACGCUCACAUCCUGCGUCCAUGCAUCCUGUGCUCUCCUGUACCCCAUGCGCUGGGAGCACGUGCUGAUCCCCACGCUGCCCCCGCACCUGCUGGAUUACUGCUGCGCGCCUAUGCCCUAUCUCAUUGGAGUGCACGCCAGUCUUGUCGAGAGAGUGUUAGACAAAGCUCUGGAAGACGUGGUGGUGAUGAACGUGGACUCCAAUACCUUGCAGACGCCCUUUGACGACGUCCAGGCGCUGCCCCCAGACGUGGUGUCUCUGCUGAGGCUGAGGCUGAGGAAGGUGGCGCUGAGCCCUGGGGAAGGGGUGUCCCGCCUCUUCCUCAAAGCCCAGGCCCUGCUCUUCGGGGGGUACCGCGAUGCACUCGUCUGCAGCCCGGGCCAGCCUGUAACCUUCAAUGAGGAAGCUUUCCUGGCCCAAAAGCCUGGGGCGCCCUUGCAGGCCUUCCACCGGAGGGCUGUGCACCUGCAGCUGUUCAAGCAGUUCAUUGAAGCCAGGCUGGAGAAGCUCAAUACAGGACAGGGGUUCUCAGACGCAUUUGAGCAGGAGAUUACUUGCUGUGGGGCUUCCUCAGGCACCCUGCGCUCCUACCAGAUCUGGGCAGACAACCUGAAGGUAAUAAAUGCCCCCUUCACUACAAGGUUCUACUCCUUCAUGGAGAAAGGUGGCGGCGCUCUCCUGCAUUCUGUGAGAUCCAAAACCCAACCAGCCGUCAGGAACAUGUACCGAUCGGCCAAGAGCGGCUUGAAGGGGGUCCAGAGCCUGCUGAUGUACAAGGAUGGGGAUUCUGGCCUGCAGAGGGUGGGGUCCCUGAGAGUCCCACACCACCCCAACCAUCUACGGCAGAAGCGCCCGCCUGUCACCCAGCACUUCAGACAAAGUCUGCCUGGACACCCCAGCGGAUUCCAGAUGGCAGAGGAACCUUCGGGACCCCUGGGGGACAGGAUAUCUCCCCUGGGCCUCGAGGACCCCCAAGAAACUCUGGAUAGCAGCUUUUUGGGGUCUGGAGAAGAACUAGAUUUGCUGAGUGAGAUUUUCGACAGUCUGAGUGUAGAAACCAAGACGGCAGGUGGCUUGAGACCCAGCCAGAGUUUACACUGUUGGCACCGAGGGAAUUCAGACAGCUGCUUCAGCCUGCCCAACCUGCCAGGAAGAUGGCCACCUGAGGAAGAGGGGCCGCCAGAGCCCCAGCCCCUGUCCCUGCCUGGGGACCCGCCAUCCUUGCCCAACACCCCGACUUCAGAAGGGACCUGCUCUCAGGUGCUCUCUCCUCUCCAGCCCUCCACCACUUCUGCAGACCUAGAAUGUUCUCCGCCUCUCUCUGAGGGACCUAGAGCCCCAGGACACCUGCAUCCUUGGCACUCCACAGCACCUACCCAACCCAACCUUCCAGAGAGCCCUGGGUUUCUGGCCCCCACAAAGCCAAACUCUGGUACUAUCUGCAGAUCCCAAUCUGUUGAUUCUUCAGCUCUCAGUUUUCUAGAGGACUCCAGAACUCUGCCUCUACAGUGCUCACUAAGACCUAAGGAUCCUGGGGCCCCCACUUUCCCUGCCUGUCCCACCAAUAAGAAGCAAGAGCCCCAGGCCCGGAGGCAGACUCGAAUUGCUGAUCUUAAGAAGCAUUUUGAAAGUUAAGAAUCAGGGGUCUGGGGGAGACCCCGCCCCCACCCCGCCAGUGCCCCAGUCUCUUAAUAAAGCCACAAAGAACCCAGUGAGUUUAUCUGAGACUUUCUCUCUUGGCCUGGUCGGACACCCCUCCCACCCACCUCCUUCCAGCAGUGAUUUCUCCCUAGCUCCAAGCA